UUUAGGGCCUUCCCCGACUGUCACCCGGGUGCCGCGGCGCGGGUGGCAGGAAGAGGCCGUCCCAGCUGUGUGUUGCCAGCGGGAAGCGAGCGCGCUCUGGAAAGCCUAGGGAUCCCGCGACUCCCCCCCUUCCCAGCGCUAUGGCAGUUCCAGGUUGCAACAAGGACAGUGUCCGAGCAGGCUGUAAAAAAUGUGGCUACCCUGGUCACCUAACUUUUGAAUGCCGCAAUUUUCUCCGCGUAGACCCCAAAAGGGACAUAGUUUUGGACGUCAGCAGCACAAGCAGUGAAGAGAGUGAUGCAGAGAAUGAAGAACUGAAUAAACUGCAAGCGUUGCAGGAGAAAAGGAUGAAUGAAGAGGAAGAGAAGAAAAAAGCAAAAAGCAAAGAGAAAAUCAAGUUAAAAAAAAAAAGGAAAAGGUCUUAUUCAUCCAGUUCCACUGAAGAGGACACUUCAAAACAAAAGAAACAAAAGUAUCAGAAGAAAGAAAAGAAAAAAGAGAAAAAGACGAUCAGUGUUACUUACUUUGCUGAAUACUUGGAUAUCCCUUAUGUCCAAUGUUAAAUAUUUAUUAUUGUAGCAGCAUCAAAAGUCAACUAGUUAUCAUGACACAGCACCAAAGAUCGCAAGUACCUCACUGUGGUGCAGUUACAAAUUUUCAACUUGAUAGCCUACAGAUACAGCUGCAGGUGAAUUCAUUAUGAUGAAUUCAGGUAAGUACACAUAACCUCACAGGCUGGAAAGGUGUACUGAUUCUCCCUCCACCCAGCACCCCUACCUGGCAUGACCUCAGUAAGACUGGGAGGGCCUCAUAACUCCUCUUAGCAUAUGCUCACCAUGUGCAGAUUCUAGGGAAGCUACGUCCACAUCCCUAUUGUAGCAUUACAGCCAUGGAAGUGCUCAUACUUGUAGCUUUUGCAUAGCCUAACUUAGUCCUAUGACCUCCUUAAAGACAAAUCCUCUUGUUUAAAUUGCUUAGUCAGUUAUUUGGAGAGAAACACGGAGCUAUUAGGUUUUUAAGGGUUUGUUUUGCCUUUACUGUAGUUUAUGUAUUUUUGAAAACUGUAUUUAUGAAAAUACAAUCCUUUGGUUAUCAGCAUGAAAAAAAUGUUAAAAAAAACUUUAAAAAAUGAUUAGAAAAUGCUUCAUGCAAAUGGAUGGUCUUGUCCUAUUGAGUGUGUAACAUGGUUAAAAAUGAUAAUUGUAGUGACACAAGGGUUAAUCCAGUUAUUUGUAACUUUUACUUCUGUUAGAGAUAAUAAAUUGGCUUGUCAGAUUUGUUAUCUGAAUGGUGACACAAUCAAUGGCUCAAGAGGGUUAUAUAAAAUUCAGGCCUCAUUAACUAAUAGAGUUCACAGAUUAAAAGAUUUUAAUGUUCAGUAAAUUUUUCCCCAAGAAAAAGAAUCUUGGAAUUAUUCUUGAGUAAAUUUUCCAUAGUAUGAGAAUAGUUUAUGAAAGAUCUUGUCUGAAUAAAAUUCAUUUAUUUUUACUUAAUUUCUUCUAAAGUGACCUUAUUAUUAUUGGGAUUGGAUGCAAAUCUCACUAAUAUAUUGUAGGAGAAAAUUAAUGACAUUUCCUCUCAGGCAAUAUGUAGCAUAAGGAAAACUGAACUUAGUAGUAAAAAUCCAGAAGUCCUAGUCCACACUUCCAUUGCAGGGUUUGAUCCCUGGUCGGGGAAACUAAGAUCCUGCAUGGUGGCCCCCCAAAAUAAAGUCCUAGUCAUUCUGACUACCUGUGUGACCUUCAACAAGUCCUUUACCUUCUCUGGGCCUUGGUGUCUUUCAUCUAUAAAAUCCUGUACCAAAUUAUCUCUGAGAUCCCUUCUAAUUGUUAAUGUGUAUGAUUAUCAAUGUUUCAGUAAAAUUCAAAUAAUAUUAUUUUAGAAAUUAUAUUCAUUUAGAAAUUGUUAACAGAUAAAUAGGUAGCAUUUUGUAAUGGGAAAGGUUGAAUUUAUUAAUAAAACUGUUAAACACAUGUUACUUCUUUAAGCAGAUAAUUGAUAUUUGAUUCACACCCUUACCACCCAGUGUAUGUCACUUUUCACUAGAUGCAGACAGAAUUUAUGUUUACAUUUGUAUCUGUAACCCAAGUAUCUGAACAUUUGGAAACUAUUGCUUUGUGGCUGAUGGACCUACUACCUAUACAUUUCCCUAUUUCUUUUCUCCAUAUCAUCUGUUUACUAAAAGCUCUCAGAGGGAUCUCCAGUUCUUCACACUUAAUAUCUAUUUACAUUUUUGGUUCUUAGAGGCCAAAACAUCAAUAAGUAAAACUAUGUGUGUCCAUAUGUAGACUCAUUUUCUCUAAAAUUACAUAGCCCUAGGUUACCAUCAAUUAAACUAGAUUGAAAAGUUAUCACAAAUAGUCUUGUUAAAUGCCAUUGAGUCCUUUCUUCAAUAAACAUUUAUUGAGUGCCUAGCAUGGCAAACACAGGGAUACGGAGAUAAAUAAGACACUUUUGCUUCCCUGAAAGGAAUUCAUAGUUUAGGUGGUAGGAGAAAGAGCAGAGCUUAUCAUUAGGUAUUAAAUGCAGUAAUUGGGUUUAUAGAAAAACAGAGUGGGUACCUAAUGUGGUCUGGAGAAGUUAGAAGAAGCUACCUAGAAAAAGUAGUGCCUGAAGUGCAUUUUGAUUGAGGGUGAGAGUGUGAGUUAUGCCAGUUCCUGACAGAAUGAGUACUUCACAAAACCCACAAUAGAAAAAGUUGGGUCAAGAAUUAUCAGCCGUGUGUGAGGCAGGAAGUGGUAAGAAUUGAGACUGCCAUCCUAGGUUCUUAGAUACAAAGGAAGGAGGUUUCAUGUUCCAUGUUUGGGACUUUAAGCAAGUAACACCAUCAGAGAGUUUUAGGAAAGAAAUUACUUUUAUUGGGGUUUGAUUUCAUCCAUUUCAUAAUCUAAUUCCAUAGUUUUUAAAGGAUGAAAUUGCUCUCAUUAGAAGGACACAUAGAAAACAAUAUGAAUCUUUGGUAUUCUAUUAUUUGGUCUCUUAUUCUAGACUCACUUUUCUUUCUAAGACCUGAUAAUUUCUAAAAAUUACAGUAAUUUAAGUCUUCUAAAAAGUUACUGUAUUCUUGAUCAGACUCAUCCCCAAAAUUACCUGCAUAUGUACAUAAUUUGAAAUGUGUUUUGCUUUUAAUUUUAUUUUAAUUUUAGGUUAUUUCUGACUGACAAAAUAUAUUCUGUCACUAUGUUAGUAUUUUUGGUUGAAAUAAAUCAGUUAAAAUAUAUUUUUCAAUGCACAGACUGUCAUAAUUUGAUAAGCCUUUUAAAAAAAUUUUGUCUCAAUAUUAUGAAUAUUAUGAAGCACAAUCACUUCAAAGUCACAGUGACACAUACCAGCUGGUCCACUAGAUGAGCCCUGUCGCGCUCCCUCAGGUACCCUGACUUGGCAGGGAGUGCACCAAGGGCUCCAGCUGAUACUAGUGCUGAGAUUAAAUUUUCCUGGGCGGUUGGCAUCCAAGAACAGUAGGUUCUUUUAUGCCAGCUCAGCGAUAAUUUCACUGGCAAAGCCCAGGGUCUUCAGACCUCACUUGUCUCCUCCCAACUCCUCUAAAAAUUCACAGUCCCAGAGAAUUGGGUUCCCUCUCCUGGAGCACAGGCCAUGAUACAUGCAGCCAUGCCCAGCCCCAGUUUGCCUGUCCCACAGGUUGGAAAGAAUCUGGGGGACCAAGAGCAUUUUGCUGGCCUUGAGUCUCUGGUUCCUUCUUCGUGUCCUUUAUGGCCUCUGUUUGCCCUUGAGCAACAGAGGUAAACUUAACCAGGGCCUAAACUAACUUUUUCAACUUAGAUUUUCACCUAAAGCAAUGUCUAAUUAGUAAUGUAAUUAUUAAUAUCUGUGUAUCAAGAUAGCCAAUUUUCUGGGAUUUUUUUUUUUUUAUCAAAGCUGGAUAAAAGAUCAAGAAGUACCCACAAACACUUUAUGUGAACUUUCACAAAAAUAAAUAAAAAUUCUUUGCUUUUAUGACCACAUAAAAUGUCAUUUUUGUAAUGGAAAUGUUUCAAGUUUUGGACUUCACACACACUCUAAGCAGUUUUAAUAUUUAAACUUGGCAAAACUGCUGUUUUUGAAUGUGAAAUUCAACACAAGCGGUAGGAUGUUGCAAUAAUGAUCUGGAUCUAUGCUGUCAGUUUAGCUACAUGUGGCUAUUGAAAUUUAGAUUAAUUAAAUGAAAAUGUAUUUCUUCAGUUGCAGUGGCCAUAUUCAAGUGCCCAGUGGCCACAUGUGGCUAGUGGCUACCAUGCCGGACAGCGCAGAUAUAGAAAGAACAUUUCCCUCAUCACAGAAACCUCUGCUGGACAGUGCUGGAAUCCCCAGUUCUUGGUAGAAACUUUGACAGGCUGAUGAUCAAAAGUUUCUAACCCUGAGCUUUGCAUGCCUAAGAGCAAUAAGGCAUUCCUUUUUUUCCUCCCCAAAAGACCAGAGAAGUGUAUUUGGCACAUUUUGAAAGGCUAGUCUUCCAACUACAGAAACUUUGUACAACACAGUAGAUGUGUUCAGCAGAGCCAGCUUAAAAUUAAUUCUUUUUUCCUAUUGAAUUCCAUUAUAGGGCCAAGUCUGUGUUCUUAUAAUAGAAAUCACAUUUAUGAAUAAAAAUCUUUUAAAAUGAUUUUAAUUUGCAGAAACGGUAGUUUUAUUUCUAGACGUCUAAGUGAUAUUACUUCAGUAGCCCUAGGUGGGACCAGAGAACUUACUUAUUUGUUUUGUAACUUUCAUUCUAGAAAUGCCUAAGGAAUUUUAUCAGUGAAAGAUUUUUGUUAUGGUUCUCCCUUGGUAUGCAGAAAAUAUUUAUCAUGCAGAUUAUACAUGGUGAUAUACUUUGUUAUUGAAAGUUAGUUUUUAUAAAGGCAAUAAUACAUUGUGUGUCAACAAAUCCUCUGAAAAAGGCAUGGGUUGAUUCUUAAGAGACUUAAGAACAUGUCACUUCUCAUUCAUAAGGCUACCACCCUGAGAUUUACCUGUCCAGUACCGUCUCUUAUAAAAAAUAACUGCCUCGAAGUAUGAGAAGCUUGUGAAAUGCUGGUAAUGUGACAUAAACUUCUCAUUGUUCCUCACUGACACAGGUGUGCUCAUCUGUGCUGUUGAUAAAUUCUAUAAUUUCUCCUGAAGUAGUAGCAUAAUUUCAUGUAAUGUAGAAACAUCUUAAUUAGCAAAUAAAGUAAACUUAUGCACAUGGAAAUCUAUCAGAAACCUUAGUGGGUGUUUAAUAAAUUAAUUGAUCAAAACUGCAGCUGUGUCUUGCUUUGUGCGUGGCGAGUUUUUGAAAAGUAUUAUCACGAACUGUA